AUGAGCACUACGAGCAUUAAAAUUUGGAAUGACCAUCAUCAGCGCGAGGGACCGGUGUCUCGGAGCCCAGUCGCACUGUUCCCAAGAUGGACUGUGGACCCAUCCCGUUCCACGGUUCGGCUACCAACGUGUUGGACACUAUUGCCCGGUAUCGAACGACACUGGCCACCCUUGUCCGAUCCGGGGGAACAUCGGGAGCCCUUCCAGACGAGGUCUGGAAGUGCUGCGAUCACAACUACGCUUGAGUCCCUUGAAACUCGGGACAGGACGACGAUAUGCUCGACGGCUCUCGCUCCUUUUCGCUUCCUGAUCACAACUGCAGGAACAGACAGAGUCAUCAUGGCUCGCCCUGAUGUUGGCCAGGUGGUCGCAUGGUAUAUUUGCACUGUCGUAGCCUGCGCUUUCCUCGUGGCCCGGUUGGUCAUUCGAUGGGGAUUAUUUAAACGAUUCUAUGUCGACGAUUUCCUGUUGACGCUGUCCGCCCUCUGUCUCAUCGCCGAUCUGGUGAUCCAACACUAUAUGUUCAAUCUCGGCAUGUCCGACAUGGGCAAUGCGGCCAAGGACCAGACAGUCGCGAUGAUGAAGAUGAUCAUCCCGGGCUCCACUCUGUAUGUGACUUCGCUUUGGUUGAUCAAAGCGGGUAUGGUCCUCUUCUACAAACGUCUGGCCGAUCGCACCAGAUACCAAAUGGUCUACAACAUUACCUUGGGCUUCCUCGGCGCUACUUGGCUGGCCAUAUUUCUUAACAUCAUCUUCAAAUGCUUCCCGCCGGACCGCCUGUGGGAUCUGGACCAUCCCGAGAGAGCCUGCUCUGAUAAACAGACGCGAAUUAAUUAUUGGAUCACGAUCUUGUUCAACAUCUUCAGUGAUGUAUUCAUCAUUUGCCUUCCCAUUUCUCAGGUUCUCAAGUUGAAGCUUCCAAAGAAACAAAAGAUUGGAGUUCUCAGCAUCUUCAUGCUUGGCUUUCUGGUGGUAAUUACGAGCAUCAUUCGUGCCAUUUACUCCUAUCGGAACGAGCAAAUGAUCACCUGUACCGUCUCGAUGAUUGAAACCGCCAUUGCUAUUAUCGCCUCCUGCCUCCCCGUUAUGCGCACACUUUUUUUCGGAUCGAGGUCCCGCACGGGGACCUACAGCGGGCGACGGGGAUACGAGCUGUCUAGUUCUGGGCACAUCGGCGCUGGAACCAAGCAGAAGGCAACCGUCUCGGCCUCUCGUUUAGAAAGUCGGAGCAAGACGCAGCUUUCGCGGCACGAUUCGGAGGACGAGCUGGUGCGUGAGGGCGCGUCCCUAGCGGUGGAUGCGCCGCACUCUGGCAUCUCGGUGACGCGGGAAUAUUUUAUCCAUGAGGGAACACGAGAUAGUCGGAGCUUGCGAUGA